UGCUCCUUGGGCCGCCUUGACUUCCCACAUCGGGACUCGGCAGAGGCCGAGAAGGUAGAGCAAGCGAGGCACCGCCGCCCCACGGCGGGGGGGCUACCGACGAGGACAAACCGCCGCCGAGCCCCAGGCAGAGCCCUGCUGGAUGUCAGCGGAGAGAUGGCCGUGAGCUCAGCCCGGUGCUCAGUCCUGCCGCUCUGGCUCCUCUGGGGCGCUGCGUGCGCCGCCGCGGCGGCCGGGAACCACAACACUUUUCCUUUUGACAUUGAAGGGAGCUCAGCGGUCGGCAGACAAGACGCGCCCGAGACGAGCGAGCCCCGCGUGGCUCCCGGAAGGCUGCCGCCUGCUGCCAAGGAAUGUGGUGCUGGAUUCUUUCUCGCCCAGUCCGGAGAAUGUAUGCCUUGUGGCUGCAACGGUAACUCUGAUGAGUGCUUGGACGGCUCUGGAUUCUGUAUGCACUGCCAGCGGAACACGACAGGAGAGCACUGUGAGAAAUGUCUAGAUGGUUAUAUCGGAGAUUCCAUCAGAGGACCACCCCGGUUUUGCCAGCCGUGUCCCUGUCCCCUACCCCAAAUGGCCAAUUUUGCAGAAUCCUGCUAUAGAAAAAACGGAGCCGUUCGGUGUAUUUGUAAAGAAAACUAUGCUGGACCUAACUGUGAAAGAUGUGCCCCCGGUUACUAUGGAAACCCCUUGCUGAUUGGAAGCACCUGUAAGAAAUGUGACUGCAGUGGAAAUUCAGAUCCCAACCUGAUCUUUGAAGAUUGUGAUGAGGUCACCGGCCAGUGUAGGAAUUGCCUACGCAACACCACGGGAUUCAAGUGUGAACGCUGUGCCCCUGGCUACUAUGGGGAUGCCAGGAUAGCCAAGAACUGUGCAGUGUGCAAUUGUGGGGGAGGCCCAUGUGACAGCGUAACUGGAGAAUGCUUGGAAGAAGGUUUUGAACCCCCUACAGGCAUGGACUGCCCAACCAUAAGCUGUGAUAAGUGCAUCUGGGAUCUGAUUGAUGACCUUCGAUUAGCAGCCCUCUCGAUUGAAGACAGCAAAUCUGGUCUGUUGAGUGUCUCAUCCGGUGCGGCUGCUCAUAGGCACGUGAAUGAACUCAACUCCACCAUCUUCCUCCUCAAAGUAGGCAGCCAUGUUGUACCUUUAGCUGGAUCUCAUGCUGGUCUUACAGGACUGCUCCUAGAACUCCUAUCCUUUCUAUCAUCUCAGUCCCAUGGCUUAGGGAUGAUGGAUUGGCAAGUGAAGACUCUGAAGGAAAGUCAAGUCUCAAGAAGGGGCAAGCUGGCCCAGAAGGAAAGCAUGGAUACCAUUAACCACGCAACUCAGCUUGUGGAGCAAGCUCAUGAGAUGAGGGAUAAAAUUCAAGAGAUCAACAACAAGAUGCUCUAUUAUGGAGAGGAGCAGGAACUUACCUCUGAGGAAAUCUCUGAGAAGCUGGUGUUGGCCCAGAAGAUGCUUGAGGAGAUCAGACGCCGUCAACCAUUUCUCACCCAAAGGGAGCUGGUGGAUGAAGAAGCAGACGAAGCCCAUGAACUGUUGAACCAGGCUGAGAGUUGGCAGCGGCUGUCCAAUGAUACUCGCUCUCUAUUCCCUGUCGUUUUGGAGCAGUUGGAUGACUACAGUGCUAAGCUGUCAGACCUCCAGGAAUCACUGGACCAGGCUCUUGACCACAUCAGGGAUGCCGAAGACAUGAACAGAGCCACGGCAGCCAAGCAGCGGGACCACGAGAAACAACACGAGAGAGUGAGGGAACAAAUGGAAGGGGUGAACGGUUCUCUGAAGACGUCUUUGGAUUCUCUGACAACACCUCGUCUGACCCUUUCAGAACUUGAUGAUACAAUAAAGAAUGCAUCAGGGAUUUAUGCGGAAAUAGAUGGAGCCAAAAAUGAACUACAAGGAAAACUAUCCAACCUAAGUAACCUUAGUCAUGAUUUAGUCCAAGAAGCUGUUGACCAUGCACAGAACCUUCAACAAGAGGCUGAUGAAUUGAGCAGGAAUUUGCACAGUUCAGAUAUGAAUGGGCUGGUACAGAAGGCUUUGGAUGCUUCAAAUGUCUAUGAAAAUAUUGCCAAUUAUGUUAGUGAAGCCAAUGAAACGGCAGAAUUGGCUUUGAAUAUCACUGACCGAAUUUAUGAUGCUGUGAGUGGGAUUGAUACUCAAAUCAUUUACCAUAAGGAUGAGAGUGAGAACCUCCUCAAUCAAGCCAGAGAACUGCAAGCCAAGACAGAUCCUAGCAAUGAUGAGGCAGUAGCUGACACCAACAGGCGUGUGGAUGGAGCCCUAGCAAGGAAGAGUGCUCUCAAAAACAGAUUGAAUGAUGCCAUUAAGCGACUACAAGCCACAGAGAGAGGUGACACUCCACAGCGCCUGGGUCAGUCGAAGCUGAUCACGGAGGAGGCUAACAAGACCACAGUGGAAGUCCAGCAGGCAGCCACUCCCAUGGCUAACAAUCUAACCAACUGGUCGCAAAAUCUUCAGAGUUUUGACUCUUCUGCUUACAACACUGCAGUGGACUCUGCCCAAGAUGCAGUAAGAAAUCUGACAGAGGUUGUCCCUCAGCUCCUGGAUCAGCUCCGCACCGUAGAACAGAAGCGGCCUGCGAGCAACGUCUCUGCCAGCAUCCAGAGGAUCCGGGAGCUUAUUGCUCAGACCAGGAGCGUGGCCAGCAAGAUCCAAGUCUCAAUGAUGUUUGACGGCCAGUCAGCAGUCGAGGUGCACCCCAAAACCAGUAUGGAUGACUUAAAGACCUUCACGUCCCUGAGCCUGUACAUGAGACCUCCCCCCGUGAAGCAGCCAGAGCUGGCUGGGGCUACAGACCGCUUCAUCCUGUACCUCGGAAGCAAACACGCCAAAAAAGAAUACAUGGGUCUUGCAAUCAAAAACGAUAACCUGGUAUACAUUUAUAAUUUGGGAGCUAAGGAUGUAGAGAUUCCCCUGGACUCCAAACCCGUCAGUACCUGGCCUGCCUACUUCAGCAUUGUCAAGAUUGAAAGGGUAGGAAAACAUGGAAAGGUGUUUUUGACAGUCCCAAGUCUAAGUAGCACUGCAGAGGAAAAGUUUAUUAAAAAGGGAGAAUUUGCGGGAGAUGACUCCUUGUUGGAUCUGGACCCUGAGGACACCGUGUUUUAUGUUGGUGGCGUGCCUUCAAACUUCAAGCUCCCAGCAAGCUUAAACCUGCCUGGCUUCGUUGGCUGCCUGGAAUUAGCCACUUUGAAUAGUGAUGUGAUCAGCUUGUACAACUUUAAGCACAUCUAUAACAUGGAUCCCUCCAAGUCAGUACCCUGUGCCAGAGAUAAACUGGCCUUCACUCAGAGUCGGGCCGCCAGCUAUUUCUUCGAUGGCUCUAGUUAUGCCGUAGUAAGGGAUAUCACGAGGAGGGGGAAAUUCGGUCAGGUGACUCGCUUUGACAUAGAAGUUCGAACACCAGCUGACAAUGGCCUCGUGCUCCUGAUGGUCAAUGGAAGUAUGUUUUUCAGCUUGGAAAUGCGCGAUGGUUACCUACAUGUGUUCUAUGACUUUGGAUUUAGCAAUGGCCCUGUGCAUCUUGAGGACACAUCAAAGAGAGCUCAAAUUAAUGAUGCAAAAUACCAUGAGAUCUCAAUCAUUUACCACAACGAUAAGAAAAUGAUUUUGGUGGUUGACAGACGACAUGUCAAGAGCAUGGACAAUGAAAAGAUGAAGAUACCUUUUACAGACAUAUACAUUGGAGGGGCUCCCACAGAAAUUUUACAAUCCAGGACCCUCAGAGCGCACUUUCCCUUAGAUGUCAGCUUCAGAGGAUGCAUGAAGGGUUUCCAGUUCCAAAAGAAAGAUUUCAAUUUAUUAGAGCAGACAGAAACCCUGGGAGUUGGUUAUGGAUGCCCAGAAGACUCUCUUAUAUCUCGCAGAGCAUAUUUCAAUGGGCAGAGUUUCAUUGCUUCAGUUCAGAAAAUAUCUUUCUUCGAUGGUUUCGAAGGAGGUUUUAAUUUCCGAACGUUACAGCCAAAUGGGUUACUAUUCUAUUAUGCUUCAGGAUCGGAUGUGUUCUCCAUCUCAUUGGAUAACGGCACUGUGGUCAUGGAUGUCAAGGGAAUCAAGGUGCGGUCGGCCGAUAAGCAGUACAACGACGGGCUGUCCCACUUCAUCAUUACCUCUGUCACACCUGCAAGGUACAGCUUCUCACUUUAUAUUCUUCCCACCAGAUGCCUUUAUUCGUUGGAUAGAGAUGUGGAGGUCGAAGAUUUCCAGCGAUAUUUGGAAAAGGUCCACACUUCUCUUUAUGAGUGUCCUAUUGAGUCUUCGCCUUUGUUCCUCCUCUACAAAAAAAGGAAGAAUUCCUCAAAGCCUAAAACAAGUCAGAAUAAAAAGGGAGAGAAAAGUAAAGAUGCACCUUCGGGGGAUCCUGCCAGCCUGAAGUUCCCAGAGAGGAAUGUUCCAAGGGAUUCUUACUGCCACCUUUCCAACAGUCCUAGAGCAAUAGAGCACGCCUAUCAGUAUGGAGGGACAGCCAACAGCCGCCAAGAGUUUGAACACUUAAAAGGAGAUUUUGGUGAAAAAUCUCAGUUCUCCAUUCGUCUGAAAACUCGUUCCUCCCAUGGGAUGAUUUUCUAUGUCUCAGAUCAAGAAGAGAAUGACUUCAUGACUCUAUUCUUAGCCCACGGCCGUUUGGUUUUCAUGUUUAAUGUUGGCCACAAGAAACUGAAGAUUAGAAGCCAAGAGAAAUACAAUGAUGGAUUGUGGCAUGAUGUGAUAUUUAUUCGGGAAAAGAGCAGUGGCCGACUGAUCAUUGAUGGCCUUCGAGUCCUAGAAGAGAGUCUUCCUCCUAGUGGAGCUGCCUGGAACAUCAAGGGUCCUAUUUAUUUGGGAGGUGUGGCUCCUGGAAGGGCCGUGAAAAAUGUCCAGAUCAACUCAGUCUACAGUUUCAGUGGCUGUCUCGGCAAUCUUCAGCUCAACGGGGCGUCCAUCACCUCUGCUUCUCAGACAUUCAGCGUGACCCCUUGUUUUGAAGGUCCAAUGGAAACAGGGACCUACUUUUCAACAGAAGGAGGAUACGUGGUUCUAGAUGAGUCUUUCAAUAUUGGACUGAAGUUUGAGAUUGCAUUUGAAGUCCGUCCCAGAAGCAGUUCCGGAACCCUUGUUCAUGGCCACAGUGUCAACGGAGAGUACCUAAAUGUUCACAUGAAGAAGGGGCAGGUCCUAGUGAAAGUCAACAAUGGCAUCAGAGACUUUUCCACCUCAGUAACGCCCAAGCAGAGUCUCUGUGAUGGCAGAUGGCACAGAAUUACAGUUAUUAGAGAUUCCAAUGUGGUUCAGCUGGAUGUGGACUCUGAAGUGAACCAUGUGGUUGGACCCCUGAAUCCAAAACCAGUCGAUCACAGGGAGCCUGUAUUCGUUGGAGGUGUUCCAGAGUCUCUACUGACACCACGCUUGGCCCCCGGCAGACCCUUCACAGGCUGCAUCCGUCACUUUGUGAUUGACGGGCGCCCUGUGAGCUUCAGCAAAGCAGCCCUGGUCAGCGGCGCUGUGAGCAUCACCUCUUGUCCUGCAGCCUGACACCCAGAGCAAAGCUGCCCCCGUACAAAGUUCUUUAGAGCACUGAAAGAAACACAAAGCCAGCCAGGAGGAACAGCCACUUUUCGUCCCAGUGGGAGCCUUCAUCUAGUUGAGCAGGACUUAAAUGAAUCAUCAGGGAAUGGAUCGUUAUUAUUUCUCAUUUGGAUUCUUACCUUGGAUCCAAAAUGUCUGCAGUGAACAACAGUCAAAGGAGCGUCACACUUACUUGCAUUGUAUUAUUUCCUGCUGGUGAAAUUACUGUUCCUGUUUCUAACGAAAUAGAAGGGAUUCUAAAUAAACACUGGCGCACAUUUUUAAGUAUG